CCCGCUGCCACCGCCGCACUCCCCCCGCGACCCUCCCCGCAAUCGGCCCCCCCCGCCCGCCGGCCCAGAAUGCGCCAUGGCCCUCAGCAGCAACGUCGUAAACUACCUAGUCUGGCGCUACCUGCAGGAGGCCGGCUUCGGCAAUGCCGCCCUGCAGCUGUCGCGGUGCUGGCUGCGCGACCCCGACGGCCUGCCCUUUGCCAAGCACGUGUCGGCCCACGCCCUCAUUAGGAUCCUGCAGGACGGCAUCGAGUUCGACAAGCUGCGCGCCGAGGCCUCCGACACCCCCCUCCUCUACCACUUCGGGCCCGACCACGGCCGCCCGUACUCGGCGCGCAAUGGCGAGCUGCUGACCCUCGACAAGGGCAUCCCCGCCCACGAGCUGGCCACCGAGGCCGCCAAUGGCCAGCCGCCCGACCCGCCGCCCAAGAAGGGCGUCAAGCGCAAGAAGCAGCCCAAGCCGAACGGCCUGCCCGCAGAGCCGCGCCCUGAGCCCUCCGAGCCUGAACUCAACGGCGACCAGAUGGACCUCGACCACGCCGCCGCGCCCGCCGCCAGCGUCAACAGCGUGCGCGCCGAGUCCGAGCUGGCGCCCUCGGAGCCCGAGUCGCCGUCCGUCGUCGACAUCCCUCUCUCCACCCUGCGCAUUGGCGCCGACGCCCUGAUCCAGACCGACGACAUCGCCGACCUCGCCGCCGCCACCACCUUCGUCCCCGUCCCGCGCGACCCCCAGAAGCUGAUCGAGCACACCUCGUGGGGGCCCGAGGACGCCCCGCUGCUGCUCUCCGCUGGCAAGUCCAUCCUGCAGCUGCACAACGUCGCCCCGCCCGGCGCCGAGCACCCCGUUGUCACCAUGGACCUGCCCAUCCCCGUCGACAACUUCGACAUCACCGCCCUGUGCUGGCAGUCCGAGGGCGAGGUCACCAUCUCCGCCCGCGAGCAGUGCGUGAACGAGGUCGGCGAGAAGAUGACCAUGGACAAGCUGAUCAAGGUCGCCGGCGACACCUCGCACGCCAUUUCUUCUACUGCCGGCCUCGUCACCACCCUGCGCUGGAACCCGGGCAAGGAGCUGCUGCUGUCUAUAUCCACCGACGGCGAAAAGGGCUCCAUCAAGAUCUGGACCAACGACCACGACUCGAUACCCGCCUGGACCGACUUCACCAGCACCCAGAUCUACGACGCCUACUGGAUCAGCGACUCCGCCUUUGUCGUGUGCGGCUCGGAGCUGUUCAAGAUCUACGAGGUCGCCGACGACGCCCUCACCACACAGCGCACCCUCGACACAAACAUCACCUGGGAAACCAUCAAAUACGACCCCGCCUCCGGCAUCAUCGCCGCCCUCGGCGUCCGCGAGCAGGAAUACUUCCUCGGCAUCCUGCACCCCAACGACUCCAUCAACCUCCAGGUCCACGCCUACCCCGACCGCUACCCCUCCGACCUCGACUUCCGCCCGCCCGCCCCCGCCCCCGCCCUCGCCAACGGCACAUCCCUCCCCACCACCCUCCUCGCCACCUGCUCGCUCUCCGGCCACGCCCGCAUCUGGGACGCCGCCGCCCCAUUUACCUGCGUGCGGCGCCUGUCGACCACCGACGCGAGCCAGGCCUUCAAAACCGCCUUUUCGCCCGACGGCACGCUGCUCGCCGCCGCCGGCCCAGACGCAGUCACCAUCUGGGACCUGGAGCGCCGCGAGGUGCCGGUCGCGUGCUGGCGCGCAAAGGUGCACGAGCCGAGCAAGUGGAAUCCCGCCGUCGACGGCGAGUUCAAUCUCGGCUGGGACUGGGACAGUUCGCGGUUGUCGGUUGCGCUGGGGAAUCAGGUAUGUUUUGAGAUGAGAUGAGGGGUGGUGUGCUAUGCUAAUCAAGGCAGAUCGCUAUUAUACCCGUGCCGCGGUAGCGGAACGUUGAAGAGGAAGUAGAGGGGGAGACGAAGUGCAAGACGAAGUGCAAGAAGUGGCAAGAAGAAGCGGUAAGAAGAAGUGCAAGACAAAGCGGCAAGACGA